AGCUUACCAGUAAAUCAAAUACUCGCGUGCAUAGUACGAAAGAUUUUUAAAGAUUUGCGCUGUCGCCCUUGACAUUUUUACAACUCGGAAUUAUUUAUUCAGGUUCUAGUCUCUUCAAUCCAUACUUCAUACUCGUCUUUUUCAUCUUUCUGCAGCAAUUUCAAUAUUGCGUCUUUGAUAUCCAGACAUAAUGUCAACCAAACGAAAACUGCCGACUAAGAUUACUCACCCAGUCGUUAAGCAGGACGCAAAUAUACCUUUGAAGGCCAGCAUCAACGAGUCCGAGACAGCUGUGUCAGUUCCGGACAUUUCAAAGGCAAACGAUGUUUCGGCCGAACAAGUAAUAGAAAUCUCGAGCGACUCGGGUAGCAGCGAGUACGACUACACAGACGACGAGCGAGAUGCUGGUGAAAAUGCAAAGUUAGACGACAUGCCAAAGUCCGAGGUUGAAGCGCCCCAGGGCCAAUCUACGAUAGGGAAUGCGCUACAAUCACGAGAGGAAAUCAACGGAGGAGCCGAUAUUGACAUGCCGUCGCCUAAGCCAGCAACCGAUGGCGAAUCUGACCAAGAAUCUACGCAACCCACAUUCGGCGAACUCGCCCGCGCACACGAUACCAUUGAUGUCCCCGCCGCGAUAUCUACACAAUCGCCUACUCUACCCGCUCCAGGGAGAGCUCUGGCUCCCCCUAGCCUUUCUUCCCUCGGGACUGUUCUGUCGCAAGCACUCCGCACCGAUGAUGCGGAUCUUUUAGAAUCUUGUCUUCACACCAAUGACCUGACUACCAUUCGCAACACCAUUCAGAGGCUUGACUCCACUCUUGCGGGGACAUUACUUAUUAAACUUGCGUCUAGAAUGCACAGGCGCCCAGGACGAGCUGGUAGCUUAAUGACAUGGGUGCAAUGGACCUUGGUCGCACACGGAGGUGCAUUAGCAACUCAGCCUGGAUUAGCCAAGAAACUCGGCGAACUACAUCGAGUAUUAGAGGAGCGAUCAAGGGGCCUAAAUUCCCUGCUCGCCUUGAAAGGAAAACUUGAUUUACUCGAAGCGCAAAUGGAAUUACGCCGCGGCCUGCAACGAAAUGUAGACUCUGACGACGACAACGAUGAUGAAGAAGGUAUCGUCUAUGUGGAGGGAGAGGAAAGUGGCGCAGAAAUAGUCAACGGGGCUAUGGACCUAGAUGAUGAUGACGACGAGCUACCGGUCACCAAUGGCAUAGCUGAGGAUGACUCGGAAGACGAUGAAGAGCCAAUUGAAGAAGAUGAGGUUGAAUUAGAGGGCCAAGAAGAGCUAGACGAAAGCGACGUAAACCAUGAAGACGUUGAGUCAGACGAGGAGGAUAGUGAACCUGAGGUGGCAGAACCUCAACGACCGGUAAAACGGACAAGAACAAAACGGAGAUGAGUCUUCUGACAGAUGGCUCUGAACAGAUGAUUUCGACCCAAUUCACGCGAUACCCGUUUCUUCUGAAUACAUUGCUGUCGCACCAGGUCUUCAUGUUCAAUUUGUAUACAUUAAUUGAUAUUUGGGGUGUCUCGGAUAUCAUUCUUGAGGUUAAAUUCCAUGGGACGUGGUGCCAUUAGUACACAAGUACAUAUGCAGUUCUACGGAUUGAGGAUGACAGUGAAGCUUGAAUGUUUCCAUAAGGUGUAAUUACUGAUGGCUAAGCUCGUAGCUUUGUUUAGGAACUUGAAUCUGUGUUGGUGUAGGCAAUCCAAUGCCUGUGAUAAUAUG